AUGGACGGUCCAGAUCGCAACAGCGACGCGUACUACACGUAUUUGGACGCUGUGGAUCGGCUGAACGGUGCAGUGCGGUUCAUUGAGGAGGAGCUGCGCAACGGGCGGUACCUGAUCAUGAGGGCCAUGGAGAAUGUCAAGGCGGACUUCCAUGGGCUGCUCGCGGAUAGCAGCCUCUUUCCGGACCUGGACGAGCUUCGGGAGGCGAUGCUGUCGGAGGAGUCGCCGGACCAGAUCACGCCCCCUGAGAUGAUUGCCGAGGCUGCGCUGCCGAAGCUGCACGCCAUGGCUCGGCGGCUUGUGGAGAACAGUUGCGCGACCGACUGCACUCGUGCUUACAAGGAGAAAAGAGAGGCAGCGUUGAGGAGGAACUUCCAGCGGCUGGGCGUGCAGUCGAUGACCAAGGCGGAGAUUCACAGCACCCCGUGGCCGCAGCUGGAGGAGCGGAUGAGACGGUGGAGUGAACACAUGCACAUUGGGAUGAUUCUGGUGGCGGGGGAGAGGGAGGCGUGUGACGAGGUGUUUGACGGGCUGGGCCCCUACGGCGAGCAGUGCUUUGUGGACCUCUCGCGCUCCUCCAUGCUGCUGCUCGCCGGCUUUGGCGAGGCCGUGAGCGAGAUCAAGAAGACCCCUGAACGGCUGUUCUCGUUCCUGGACAUGUACGAGACGACUCUCGACCUCAAGUGCACGGUGGACGAGCUAUUUAAAGGACCUGAGGGCGAGAUGAUGCGGAGGGAGUACCAGCACCUUCUCAAGACCCUUGGGCAAGCAGCGAGGGCGACGUUUGAGAAGUUUGAAGAGGCUGUGAAGGCACCGCCGACGCCAGAGGAGGGCGGGCCGGGAGGAGGAGGGGGGUAUCCCGCUCUUGCCAGCCCCACUGCCAGCGAGAGUGGGAGAGGAGGGUUUGGACGGAGUGAGCUGCGCGGAGGGGGGCUUCUGGGACGGCUGAAGAAGAUGAUGCACAAGGGCGAUGACUCAGCAAGUGAGGUGGCGUCGAUGACGUCCACGUCAGCUGCUGCCGCCCACUCCACAGGGGACAUCCACCCAAUCACGAGCUACGUGGUCAACUACCUUCUGCUGCUCUGCAACAGCGAGCUGCCCUACUUCCAAAUACUCGAGUGUGUGUUUGAGGAUAUGGUCAGCAACGCCAGCGACUCAGCAGCCAGUAUCGUGACGCCACGUGUGCAGGGCCGGCUGGCAUUCGCCGCCGCCCGCAUCGUGGACGCACUAAAGACGAACCUCGGGCAGCGGGCGGCGAUGCUACGAGACGAAACGCUGGCCGAGCUCUUUAUGAUGAACAACCUCGCAUACGUGCUCACUAAGAUUGAUGCUCGAGGCAAGUCACUGGCAGAGCUCUUUAUGAUGAACAACCUCGCAUACGUGCUCACUAAGAUUGAUGCGUCUGAUGCUGGGCGGCUGCUUGCAUGGUACUUUCCCGUCCCCUUCACUGCUCCCCGUGUUACCACCUACCCCUUCUCAUUCUCUCCCUCCUAUAACCCUUGCUUCCCAUCCCUCAGUCCCCGUCCCCCCCUUCCUCUGCUCUCUCCUUGUCUGUUCAGCUCGUUCGACGUGGUGUUCUCCUCGGAUGACCGCCUCGACUCCGCCUCCCUCGUCAAGCGUCUCAAGACGUUCAACAUCAUCCUGGAGCAAAUGAGGCAGCGCCACAUGGCAUGGACCAUCACCAAUCGCGAGCUGCGCGCGCACGUCAAGGCCAAGACCCUCUCGGGCCUGCUGGACAAAUACCGCGAGUUCAUCAUCCGACACGGCAACAUUCUGCGCAACCAGCGGUCACUGGACGUGCGGGUGCUGGCGUGUGAAGAGGUGGAGACGAUGCUUGCAGAUUCCUUCAGCAGCGGUCCCGUGGGGAAGCACAAGUGA